AUGGCCGCCAUAGGUGCCCUCUCCUCUCAAAACUCAAUUCAGAUGGCCAACGUGUUAACAAACUACAAGAUCCCACAGCUAAGUUACGGCUCCUUUGACCCAGUGCUGAGUGAUAAGAUUAAGUUCCCUUUUUUCUAUCGGAUGGUUCCCAGCGAAAAUGCUCAGUAUGUGGGGAUCGUUCAGCUGCUCAAGCAUUUUGGAUGGACGUGGGUCGGCCUCCUCACGUCCGAUGAUGAGAGUGGAGAAACAUUUCUGCAGACCCUGAGACCCAGGCUCCUCCAGAACAACAUUUGUCUCGCUUUCACACAACUGAUGCCAAUUAUACUGCAUGACAAUCCAAGUAAAAUCCUAGACGGCAUCUUUUCUUCUCUCUGGUUGUAUGAAGUGAAUGUCAUUCUUGUUCAUGGGGAUAUUCUGUCCAUGGAUGAGUUACGAAUAGUUCUGAUGGAUUAUGAACUUGAUGACCAGCCUCCAAUGCAGAGGGUGUGGAUCAUAACUGCUAAGUGGGAUUUCACAGCCGUGAUUGCUUGGUAUGGUUUCCCAGCACAAUCCCUCAAUGGUACCUUGUCCUUUGACCUGCACACAAAAGUGGUGCCAGGAUUUGAGGAAUUCCUUGACAGCAUAGAUGCUGAACAAUGCCAGAAGUGCCCAGAGGAUCAGUAUCCAAAUCAAAAGCAAGACCGAUGCAUUCCCAGAAGCAUCACUUUCUUGUCCUAUGGAGAGCUCUUGGGAGCAGCCUUGGCUUCCUUGGCAAUUUUGUCUUCCUUGGCCACCGUCAUGGUGGUGGGGCUCUUUGUUCUGCACUGGGACACUCCCAUCGUCAAGGCCAACAACAGGAGCAUCACUUGCACCCUCCUGGCCUCUCUGCUGCUUGGCUUCCUUUGCUCUUUCCUGUUUAUUGGCCAGCCUGGGGAGCUGACCUGUCUUCUGCGGCAAACUGUGUUUGGUAUCACCAUCUCCAUCUCAGUCUCCUGUGUGUUGGCCAAAACCAUCACUGUGGUUCUGGUCUUCAUGGCUACCAAACCAGGAAACAGUAUCAUGAAAUGGGCAGGGAAGAGGCUGGCAAUGUCUGUAAUUACUCUCUGUUCUCUCAUUCAAAUGGGUAUCUGUACCACCUGGAUAGCCACCUCUCCCCCCUUCCCAGAGCUUGACAUGCACUCCCAGAUCAGCCAGAUCACAGUGCAGUGCAACGAAGGCUCAGAGAUCAUGUUCUACCUUGUCCUGGGCUACAUGGGCUUUCUGGCCAUUCUCAGCUUCACUGUGGCUUUCUUUGCCCGAAAGUUGCCAGGCAGUUUCAAUGAAGCCAAGCUGAUUACCUUCAGCAUGUUUGUGUUCUGCAGUGUUUGGGUGUCCUUUGUCCCAACAUAUCUGAGCACCAAAGGGAAAUACAUGGUGGCCGUGGAGGUCUUCUCCAUCUUGACUUCUAGUGCUGGGCUGUUGGGCUUCAUCUUCUUUCCCAAAUGCUAUAUUAUAUUAAUGAGGCCUCAGCUGAACACCAGGGAGCAACUAGUUAGGAAAAAGAAUGGCCUUUCUUAA